AGCGGAACUUUGCGCUGAGUUCUGAUAUAAUGAGAGCAGAGGAAGGAUCCUCACAGGUCUCAGCCUCCUGCAGAGAGAAGGACAGCCGAGGGGAGUCUGCAGCAAACUCACAGAGCAGAGAACUUUCAGCAGUGCGCUAAGCUUUGUGCAACUCUGCAGCUCCAGGUGCAUCUGAACUGCCCCAACUUGUAACCUCAGGAGAAGCGCAACAGCAGAUGGAGCCACAGUGAGCCCAAAGGCAGCAGCAACCAGUGGGGCCCCCGCAGGGCAGCAGCAACUCCCCCACAGCUCCGGAUCCAGCUGUCAGGGGGGCACCUCAUGGACCAUCCUGUGUCUGUAUGAGAUCCAGCUGUGCCCCGACUCAUUACUGUGACAGUUUGCGCCAGGGCAGCGGCGGGAUGGCCUCCUUCCAAUCCCCAGAGCCGGGCCCCGUGGCCUUAAUGUCCCACAACUCCAAUGGAAAUAAAGAAUCGGACAGAGGCAAAGAGGAGCUGCAGCAGGAGAAAGGGCAGGAGAAGUCGGACCCGUCGCAGAAGCCGCCUUAUUCGUACGUGGCGCUAAUAGCGAUGGCCAUCAGGGAGAGCCAAGAGAAGCGUCUGACGCUGUCGGCCAUUUACCAGUACAUCAUCGGCAAGUUCCCUUUCUACGAGAAGAACAAGAAGGGCUGGCAGAACAGCAUCCGACACAACCUCAGCCUCAACGAGUGUUUCAUUAAAGUGCCCCGGGAGGGCGGCGGCGAGAGGAAGGGCAAUUACUGGACUCUGGACCCGGCCUGCGAGGACAUGUUCGAGAAGGGCAACUACCGGCGCAGGAGGAGGAUGAAAAGACCCUUCCGACCCCCGCCGACCCACUUCCAAGCUGGAAAGAGCCUCUUUGGCAGCGACUCGUACGGCUACCUGUCCCCACCCAAGUACCUGCAGUCCGGCUUCAUGAACAACUCGUGGCCCCUCUCCCAACCGCCCGCCCCGAUGUCCUACACCUCGUGCCAGAUGGCCGGGGGCAACGUCAGUCCUGUCAAUGUCAAGGGACUCUCUGCGCCUUCCUCCUACAGCGCCUACUCCAGGGUGCAAAGUAUGUCACUGCCCAGCAUGGUCAACUCGUACAACGGAAUGAGCCACCACCAUCACCCGCAUGCCCACCAUUCCCACCACUCCCACCAUGCCCAACAACUGAGCCCGGCCAGCCCUCCGCCCGCACCCCCGGCUCCCCCUAAUGGGGUGCAAUUCACCUGCGCCAGGCAACCCCCCGAGCUCUCUAUGAUGCACUGCUCCUAUUGGGACCAUGAUGCCAAGCACAGCGCCCUGCACACCAGGAUAGACCUCUGAGGAGGAGCAGAAGCCAUUGCAGAACUAUUGAGAGAGUAUCCAGACAUGGACCCUCCUCAGUGCAAGGGCCAGAACUACAACUGCCAGCUCUUAGUAGCGCCCAGGAUCUCUAGUAGACUCGGUGCCAUUUAUUCUUGGGGGAUACUUUGUUGCAAUGAUCUGCUCCCCGAGUGAUUGAAGGCAGUGUAAGUGCAACUGUGUGUAUCAGUGUUACUGUGUAGCAAUCAUUCCCUAUUCGUGUUCCCAAAGCUUGGCGGGGCUCUGGGGGACUGAGCAACCAUGAUCUAAAUAUUACAAAAA